CCUGUCUGUGAAAACGCCGCCACGAGUCAGGCAGCAGUUCAAAAAUCAUUCUCAUUUUCAACUUUGUGCCGAGCACAUCUCCCAAGUCAAAUAAAAUACAAAGCUGCCUUAAUCGAUAACAACCGAAUCUUUGAUCAUGUUUAAGUUCAAUGCGUUGCUGGUCUUCUGGUGUGCCGUGAUGAUAAUGCAGCCUUCGAUGGGCGAGGGCCUGCGCGUUAAGCGCUCGCAUUCCCCUGCCCCCCCGGCUGUGGAUGCGAUCACUGCCAAAGCUGUGGCAACCACUUUGGCCACAGCGGUGACAAGUCAAGCAACAAGCAGCGGCACAGCUGCAGGAACCGCCAAAGCUGUGGCAACAGGUGCCAACACAACCAAUCCUCCAGCUGUGGUCACUGCAGGCCCCACAGUCGCCACCACCACCACUGAGACAGCUACCAACUCAACCGAAUCCAGCUUGGGGCCAAGACUGGUCGGGGACUUACUGUCCGCCUUGCAGCACGCCAGGCGCCGCCUAUCGCUGAUGAAUGACGAACUAACUCGCAACAAACGCAGCCACGCUUCGACCGGGGUUCCUCCAGGUACAGCCGCCAGGGCUGCUCCUCUGUCCCUGCAGCCCCUUGGCCUGCUAUCGCUGAUGAAUAACGCCCCAAUUGCUCGCCGCUACCACGCUGCGCCACGUACCGCCUCGUCGGCUCCUCUGUCCUCGCCCUUUGGCGGUUACUACAGCAAGACGAUCUUGCCGGAUGGCAAUACCGAGAUGGAGGAGUUCGAGCUGGUGUCCCCCAACCUGAUGACCGAGAUGACUGAUAACGGAGUGCAGCAGGAGCUCGACUUUGCACCGAAAAUGAUGCUCGGCCACAUUAUGGCUCCGGCCAAGUACCAUCAGCAGUACAAGUCGUCGCCCGCUCUGCCCCCCAUGUUGGACAUGUUUCAACAGCUGCUGCAGUCCAACCCCACAAUGGAGCAGUCGCCACUGUUUCAGUUCAUCAAUCGAGCCGAGGAUAUGACGCUGCAGAACAUUCCCAAGGUUAUCGACCAUAUCCUGGUGGAUGGUUUGGGGCUCGAGAUUGAUGACCAACUGGAUGAGGACACAAACGCCAAGGACAACGAGAACAAGGAUAAGGACAAGAAGGAUGGAAAGAGCAAGCUACUCGAUGUCUCCAAGAAGGACGAACUGAAGAAUGGAAAACCCAACCAGGGGGAGAACGAAAUCGUCAUCAGCUGUCCCGUCCGUCAUGAGCAGCACGCCAAUCGCAAUGGCAAAAUGGUUGACGACGACAUCGUCCUCGUCGACCAGUGCCAUGUCGUAUAGGUGUCUCUAUAGCGUACAGGAUAUUUAGUUAGGUUUUUAGGUAGCUAAUAAUUCGAUUUGUGCUGCUUUGGCAUGCAUCCAAAUUUAUAGUUUUUUUUUUAGCAUUUUGUUUUAGUUGGUUUAAGCUGGGCUGUGUGUGUGCCCUUCUUAGUUUAGUUUAGGGAAUUGCGUCAGGUGUCGAAAUUGUUUAAAUAAUUUUCCGUUUGUUUUCGGUUUUUUGUAUCAAAACUUUUGAAUGCCAAAAAAAAAGAUUAUCUUUUAUAAAAGAAUUUAGUGUAUAG